AUUGGGGGUUUCCCACCCACGCACAGGGCAGACCCCGUCGAGGGGUGCCGCAGGCGAAGGGUGAGGGGCCUGGCAGGAGCUGUGGGGCAGCUGCCAGCCUGGCCUGGGUCAUCGGGCAGUAGGGCUCUGCCCUCGCUGCUUCCCAGAUUAAUGAUUAAUGAGGCAAUAUAAGGGAGCGUGGGGCAGGCAGAGCCCUCUUCUCCCACCCACUCCCUCCUCAGAGCCACACCACCAGCCCAGCCUUCGCCCCGAGCCUGGUGCACCAUGGUGGAGGUGACGGUGACGCCGCAGUCCUCGCUGGCCGACCGGCCGGUGGAGAUGCGGGUGCGGGGGCUGUCCCCCUCCCAGCUGGUCACCCUGCGGGCAUCACUGAUGGAUGAGCAGGGCGAAUGCUUCCAGGCGCGUGCCUUCUUCCGCGCCGACGGCGCGGGCGAAGUGGAUCCCGGGUGCCACGCCGCCCUGGGCGGCAGCUACGCCGGCAUCUGGCCCAUGGGGCUUUUCUGGUUCCUGCAGCCCGACACCCUCUUCCGACGGCUGGUCAAGCGGGAUGUGGCCGGCAGCCCCUUCCUCGUCCGUCUGGAGGUCUUCGACGGCCUCUGCCUGGUCACCGGACCUCAGGACCAGCCGCUGGCCUCCUGCGUGGCUGAGCGGUGGUACGUGUGUCCCGGCAUGCUGCGGGUGCCCAUCCGGGAGGGCAGGGUCCGUGGAGCCCUCUUCUUGCCACCCGGACCGGGACCCGUCCCGGGGGUGAUCGACCUGUUUGGGGGUGCGGGUGGCCUCAUUGAGUUUCGCGCGGGGCUGCUGGCCAGCCGGGGCUUCGCGGUGCUGGCGCUGGCCUUCUUCGCCUACGACGACCUGCCCCGCACCUUGACCCAGCUCGACCUGGAGUAUUUCGAGGAGGCGGCCGAGCUGCUCCUCCGGCACCCCAAGGUGCGAGGCCCCGGCCUGGGUGUCAUCGGCAUCUCCAAAGGAGCGGAGGUGGCCCUGGCCAUGGCCAGCUUCCUCCCACAGGUGGUGGCCACGGUGUGGAUCAACGGCACAGCCUUCCUCCACGGCAACCCGCUGGUCUACAAAGACCUCUGCAUCCCCCCCAUCCCCUACCACACCGAGCGCAUGAUCUUCACAGAGGUGGGCGCCUUGGACAACUCGGCCAUCUUCGACGACCCCCGGGACCCCGCGUACAGUGCCUCGGCCAUCCCGGCCGAGAAGGUCCGGGGGAAGGUCCUCUUCGUGGUGGGGGAGGCCGACCGCAGCUUCAACAGCAAGCUCUUCGCUGAGCUGGCCAUGGCACGGAUGCCGCCGGAGAGCUGCCGCCUCCUCUCCUACCCCGGGGCCGGGCACUUGAUCGAGCCCCCCUGCUCGCCUCUCUGCAGCAUCUCCAGCAUCCGGGGCACCCCCCGGCCGGUGGUUUGGGGGGGUGAAGCCCAACCCCACGCCAAGGCCCAGGAGCACUCGUGGCAGGAGAUCGUUCGAUUCUUGGAGCUCCACCUGGGUCCUGCCGCCACCAUGAAGCUGUGAUGGCUGUGGGGAGGCUGGGGGGGGGGGGGGAAGGAGCCGGUCCCCAGGCUUGCCACCCCACUCAAUAAAGUGCACCCUGCCAGCCGG